AGAGGAAUAAAAUGGCCCAAACAGAACAGAGUCCUUUACUUUCUGUUCAUCCUUCAGGUUGUUUGGUUGAUGAAAAAAUUGAGGUACAAGUUGAGCACUUGCAAGCGGACUCCAAAAUCACUCUUCACGCAUUGAUUCACUCUGAUGAUGGGGACGAUUGGGAGGCAUUUGGCCAUUACACCAGUGAUUCCUCUGGAACUGUUAAAGUUUCCAGGGAUAAAAGUCUCGGUGGGACUUUUGAGGGAGUUGAACCCAUGGGUCUUUUGUGGAGUAUGAGGCCAGUUCCUGAAAGUAAACCAGGUCGCAGAUUUUGGAAGAACAAUGUCGAGACACCAGUUAAAGUGGUUGUUUCUGUGCAUGAAGGACAUCUUGCUAAGGGCUUUAAGCAUCACACACCCCUCACAUCAACUACUGCAGAACGCUGGUAUUUGGCCCUUGGAAUCCAGAGGGUUGAAGUCACUGAAGGCGGGAUAAAGGGGACACUCUUCAUUCCAGCAGGUCCUGGACCCUUUCCUGCUGUGCUUGACCUCUGUGGAGGGCAGGGCGGUCGGGUUGAAUAUCGCUCAGCUCUUCUGGCCUCUCACGGCUAUGUCUCUCUGGCUCUUGAAUACAUUGGGUUCCUGAAUGCUGCAGGAAAACUUGACCAUGUGGACAACACCUACAUUGAAACUGCCUUCUCAGUGUUAAAACAACAUCCCAAAGUUUGUUGUGACAAGGUGGCCAUGAUGGGGAUGUCAUUUGGUGUCCCUGUAACUCUGAAGAUGACUGCAUACUCAGAGAUUAUACAGCCCAAGUGUGUGGUUUGUGUGAGUGGAAGUCACAUAAUGCCACGCAACGGAUCUUUGGCAGAUGUCUACGCAGCACUCCAACAGAAUGUUGACAAAAUCCGUUAUGAUGAAAAGAUGCGAAUAAUUUGGCGGGAUUUGUUGCUGCCGAUACCAGAUGACCCUUCCAAGAAAGUGGAGAUGGGUAAGAUCAAAUGCCCAGUUUUAUUAAUCGUUGGCGAGGACGAUCAAAACUGGCCAUCUUCAGAGUCUGCAGCAGAUAUGAAGAAGAUGAUGGAGAAAGCUGGGAACAGUAGUCUCCUGACUCUUCUCUCAUAUCCUGGGACAGGUCAUCUCAUCGAACCGCCCUACAGUCCUCAUGCCAGAUUCACUGACUUCAAGUUGUUGGAGGCAAAGACCAAAGUGAUGGUGCUCUGGGGAGGAGAGACAGUGCCUCACAGUCGAGCUCAGGAGGACUCCUGGAACAAAACUCUGACUUUUCUAGAGGAGCAUCUCUAUGACAACAGCAGAGAUAUGACCAGAUUCUAACCAGUUAAACUUUUUCUAAGGUUAUUGCCUUGUAUCCAUGACUGAAUGUGGUACUAAUGUUCUUAAAGCAAAGUUUUGUUUCUCAGAUUUUGUUUGUAAAAAUAAGAAAUAGGUUUGCACUCUUAGCAUUAGCAUUGACAGCAACUUUAAAAUUUUGUUGUUGGGUUCAAUAAAAAGCUACCAGAGGGAUUUGAAACCUUUAUGCCAGAAUCUGUGAAUGUG